UCCGCGAAGCCGUCGUAGAAUCAACGUCAAGGUUCGAAGCGUUGGUUGCCGCUGAGGCCACCGGCCCGGUAAUCUGCACAACGCUCAUCCAGGUGCCACGACACCCAUUACAGUCUCCAGUCCAUGAAGUGGCGGAGAUACUGGCCAGAGUCUCUCUUUCUUGUUCUUGUUGUUGCUUUAGAGGGUACUAGACUGGGUCGUCACGAUACCAGAGCAUCGACACCGUGGCAGGGAGCCAGUUGGACAACGCAGCGCAAGCUGGAGUCACGGGAGAGAAUACGUGAACUUUGGUACCAUGGCUUCGACAAUUACAUGAACCACGCAUUUCCCUUAGACGAGUUGACACCAUUAACGUGUUCCGGACAAGGCCCUGAUUGGGCUAACCCUAACAACAUAGCCUCCAACGAUGUUGCCGGCAACUUUUCUCUUACAUUGAUUGAUGUGCUUGACACGUUCAUUGUACUCGAUGACCGACAAGGCUUCGACACUGCCGUCAAGAACGUCAUACAGUCUGUAUCUUUUGACGUCAAUACCAGACCCCAGGUAUUUGAGACGACCAUCCGUGUACUGGGAGGUCUUCUUUCUGGACAUAUAUUCGCGAAUCAAACCGGUCAACCCUUUUAUCUGCCUUGGUAUCGCGGCGAGCUUCUGCAGAUGGCUCAUGAUUUGGGAAAGAGGUUAUUACCAGCGUUCUCAACUCCGACAGGACUACCAUACGCUAGAAUAAACCUUCGACAUGGCUUGGCCAGAGGUGAAACAUUAGAGACGUGCACCGCUGGUGCAGGAUCACUGAUGCUUGAAUUUGCAACAUUGAGCAGAUUGACUGGUGAUGACCGCUUCGAAAAAGCCGCAUACAAGGCAUUCUUUGCCCUUUGGAACCGCAAGACAGAUAUUGGUCUUGUUGGGAAUACAAUCAAUACAUGGACUGGGGACUGGACAGCACCUGAAAUUACGGGGAUUGGCGCAGGGGUAGAUUCUUUCUAUGAAUAUGCCCUAAAAUGGUAUAUCCUCAGUGGUGAAAUUGAGUUUCUUGAUGUAUGGGAUGAUGCGUAUGCAUCAAUAAUGAGAUAUUCAAGGGCCACUGACGGGUUCUGGUACAGAAAUGUAAAUAUAAAAAGUGGUGAUACAGCCUACUAUACCGUGGAUUCCUUAUCCGCAUUUUGGCCUGGUCUGCAGGUAUUGGCGGGGGACGUUGACAGCGCUGUCAAGCUUCAUAUGAUGUACUACAACCUUUGGCGUCGUUAUUCCGGAUUACCAGAAGUGUUUGACACAAACUUCAAACAGGCGACUUCGCAUCAGUAUCCAUUACGUCCAGAAUUCAUCGAAUCUACGUGGUAUCUUUACCGUGCUACGCAGGACCCCUUCUACCUUGACGUUGGCGAACGGAUACUGUUCGACAUCAUUACGCGGUCCAAAGUUGAUUGUGGACUAUCUGGAAUUCAAGAUCUAAGGACAAACAAGCGCGAUGAUAGAAUGGAGUCUUUCGCUUUGUCAGAAACAUUAAAGUACCUAUAUCUCUUGUUCGACGAGGAAAAUCCGCUUCACAGCGAUGACUCGAAUUAUGUUUUCACCACAGAAGGUCACAUCCUUACUCUUGGCCCAGAAAGCUUUAAAUCGACGUCCCUCGCUCAACGGAAAUCACGAAAAAUAAUGAACCAUCAAUGUCCCGCUUACGUACCUCCCAGACUACCUUAUGACACAAGAUCUAUUGGUAGUGGCCUAGUGAAAGGAAUCCGGUCUAGAGGGGAUGUCGACUAUGCUAGAGAGCUAGUCAGCAUUGUACCCACCGAGGCUGAGAGAAAUGCAUGGUCAAUAUAUGGCUGGUGCGAACGUCCAAAGGCUGAUUUAUUCACAUAUGACUUUAUUCUGUCGCCUGGUGGCAUGGUGGUUCCUGAGGAUCUGAGUCCUAGUCUACUCAAGGUCGCCUUGAUUCCGGAGGGAUUUAUGGUGAAUAAUGUGACCGGUAUACGAGUUCAUAUUGUCAGACGAUUGGAUGGGAAGGGAUAUGAAAUUCGAAAACUGGGACAUUAUUCUGUAAGACCAGGGCAGCUCGUCUACAUUAACGACACUUCGCUUUUUGCGAGCCAGGCGGACAUCGGAACUUUGAAGGGGCGAGACCCAGAUGUACUCCUUCGAUUCCAUAUCGAAGGUGUUGACCCCAUGCCGCGCUUGGUUGAUAUCCAAGACCUUUCUGAUAAUCACGAAACAUACCUUACCGCAUGGACUGGUUUUUUCGGUGGCGAUCUAUCCCUGACGGCUCAUUACGAUCAAAAGCCCCUACGUUUCGCAGAUCCCGAUGGGUUACCUAUAUACCGAGCGGACGACAACCUCUUGGGCUGUUCUCCUUACAGUGCAUCUUACCAGGAUAGCGUGAUAUUGACCUAUCGAGGCGAUUGUACCUUCCUCCAAAAAUUACUCAUGGCGCAAUCAGCAGGGGCAGCGGGUGUCCUUGUCGUUAGCGAUGAAGACGUUGCUUUAAAUCCCACUGCGAACGCCGACGAGUUGUCAGCCGUCGGAGAUUUGGGUGACGUGGUGAUCGCAGUUCUGCCUCGCCAGGCAGGUAACCUUAUCGAUGAGAUGAUGGAUAUGGCUGAGAAUCGGGGUACAGGGAGGAUUACGGUCACCCUGGAUCCUUCCAGGUAUACGGAGAGCGUUGAAGAGGUACAGGACGUGGAGGAUCAGGGGGAGCCAUCUAAUCGUAUAUUGUAUCUCAACGGACAUCCGUUACUCAACACAAGAUUAUUGGUUUGAUAACAUUAUCACUGAUUGUUCAUCUAUCUCACUGCAAAGUGUAUUCACUAAGCACUGUGUAGAGUCCGUUUGAAUCUGAAACGAAAGAAAGCAUGAU